AUGAUCUUGACGGACGUUCUGAAGCGGUGGCAAGUUCUCAAAGGCCGCAAAUCCAUCCUAUGCACAGGUACCGACGAACAUGGCAUGAAGAUCCAACAAGCGGCCAACAAGGCCGGCGUGCCACCGAAAGAGUUCUGUGACCGCGGUGCCGACGUUUUCAGGAAUCUUGCAAAUAGGAUUGGCAUCAGUAGCGAUGUGUUUAUCCGGACGACAGACACCCGGCACAAGGAUGCUGUCGAGUAUGCUUGGCAGAUGCUGCAGGAUAGGGGGUACAUCUACGAAAGCAAGCAUGAAGGGUGGUAUAGCGUCAGUGACGAGACGUUCUACCCACCAUCGCAGGUACAGCUGGUUGUGGACCCGCCGACUGGCCGCAAGAUUAUGGUGAGCAUUGAGACGGGGAAGGAGGUGGAGUGGACGAGUGAGCGGAACUACCAUUUCCGCCUGAGCGCAUUCAAAGACCAAUUACUUGCUUUCUACGAGGAAAACCCACAGUUUGUCAUCCCUCGAACACGGAUGGGUGAGGUAGUCCACGAAGUCAGUACCUCCCUGUCCGACCUGUCCAUCUCCAGGCCCGUGGAACGUUUGACAUGGGGAGUCCGCGUGCCGACAGACCCUUCACAAACCAUCUACGUCUGGCUUGACGCUCUCCUCAGUUAUGCUAGUGCAGCUGGCUACCCCUUCACACCAGGCUCAGCAUCUUCAGGUGGCUGGCCAGCAGACAUUCAUGUCGUGGGCAAAGACAUCGUCCGCUUCCACUGCAUCUACUGGCCCGCCUUCCUCAUGGCCCUCGGCCUUCCUCUCCCCAAGCAAAUCCUCACCCACGCCCAUUGGACGCUAGGCCGUCAGAAGAUGGCGAAGAGCACCGGCAACGUCGUCAACCCUUUCUUCGCCCUCGACCGUUUCGGCAUCGACAUCAUGCGCUGGUACCUCGUACACGAAGGCGGCAUCACCGACGAUGCAGACUACGACAAUCGCUACAUCAUUGAGAAAUACAAGAAAAACCUCCAAGGCGGCCUGGGCAACCUAACGAGCCGCAUCAUGCGCGGCAAGGGAUGGGACGUCCGGCGAGCCGUGAAACAGUACGCCAACCCGGCGUUCUCUGAACAUGCGGACCAAGAUGCCAAAGCGAUGUGUUCCCGCAUCGCCGCCCUACCUUUGCAAGUGGACAAGCACAUGCACGACCUGCACCCCAACCGCGCCUUACAAACCCUCAUGCGCGCCGUGGCCGACAUGAACGCCUAUCUCCAGCACGUCUCCCCGUGGACGCUCGUUACGAAACUGCAGUCCAUCUCCACCGACACGACGGGCCAAGAGCUCCACGAGGCGGCGAAGGCGGGACAGUCACCUGAGCAGCUGGAGGCAGAGAUAGAUCAGUGCAUUUUCCUCGCCGCGGAAACGCUGCGGUUGGUGGGUAUCAUGCUGCAGCCAUUCAUCCCUACGUCUGCGAAGCGGUUGCUGGAUAUGGUGGGCGUGGAGGCGGAGAAGAGGACGUGGGAGUGGUGCGAGGUAGGCAAGGAUGGAAGUUACGGUCUCCCGAUGGUAGAUCUGGGGAGAGGAGAGAAGGGCGUGCUCUUCCCGGGCCUGACGAGUGAUUUCUAG